AUGAAUCAACAAGUCACUCGUAUAGAUUCAUCGUCACAAUAUUAUUGUCAAUUACAUCAAUGUCCGAUGAAUACUUUUUGUAAAACUUGUCGUCAAAUAAUUUGUCCAGCUUGUGGAUUUAGUUCUCAACAUAAAUCACAUGAUUGUUAUUUGUUGAGUGAAAUUGAUCAAGAAAUGAGACAAGAAGUGAAGAAGGAACUUGAUAAACUACAGGAAUUGAAAUCGAAAUGGGAAUUGAGAUGUCACACGGAUGAUACAAGCUUGGAUCAAGAAAUGGCUGAAAUUGAAAAACAGAGACAAGUGUUGAAAAAAGAAAUGGACACAGUAUUCAACGAGUUGUAUCAAUUAUUGAAAAAUAGACAUGAAAUAUUGAAUGAAGAAUUGGAUAAAUUGUGUCAGGAGAGAAUUUGUAUCAUUUCUGAAAUUAAAGAAUUGAAACAACAAGUAGACAAGUCAAUGAAAGAAUUUGACCAUUUGGAUUCCAUGACGACAUUUGACAUGACUCAUAAGAAAAUUACCUCUCUUGAAGUUGUUCUGAAAGAUUUCGAAAAGAUGAUUUCAGAAUUUCAAUUUGGAUCCGUUCAAGAAUUACAUGAAAUGAAAUAG